AUGGACGAACAAACACCCAACACGUCCAAUUUCACCACGGCGCACUCAACGUUACCAUUAGAAACCAUCGGAAAGGGCUUCUGUGGCUCUGUAUGGUCCGUGCCGACCUCAAACCUCGCCAUCAAGCGGGAGGACGGCGGUCCUGGUCGGUCCAUUGCACACGAACACACGAUGCAUCGCCACAUCAUCCAAAGCUUGGAUAGCACCAGACAUCUCAAUGUACCUCACUGCGAAGGCUUCCUCAAACACGAUGCGACUGCCUGGGAUCAAAUGCUCCCCAGAUUUCCCACCGGAUAUACAGGUUGUAAUGCACUGAUCAGCGAGAAGAUUCCACCACUAUCUCGAGACGUUCGUAAGCUCCUGGCACAGAAGUUCCAUCCAAACGUGGAUGCGGAUGAGAUUGCCGAUAGCUCGACAAACAGCCAUUGCCUUGUCCGGCCAUACUUGGGACGCAGGAAGCUUCAAAGUACAGAUACGAAGCAAGACAGGCCUAGAAUGAGAUUCUUCAGUCUAAGGAACUUCCCGCUUCACGUCGACCAGAUGGAGGCUCUUGGAAUGGAACUUCACGGAUACGCCGUGGCCAUGGCGAACGCUCUAGCAUUCUUACAUUGGACCGCAAAAGUUGACGCAAACGAUGUUGAAUUUGUUCUCGCAGCCCCAAGGACACCACAAACUCCCCUCGACGAAGAUACGUCCAAGUCAGCAUUGGGCCCUGCAGGCUUCCAUUCGGAUGCUUUUGGAUCUCAUGCCAUGUGGAUCCUGGAUUUUGACUGUUGCAGAAUGAUGACUAUGGACAACAACGGGAUAAAGCAGGCGUGUAGAAGCUUUUGGCGGAACGAUCCUUACUAUCCGCGACCAGGGAGUGACAAUAUGCAGGACAAGGAGCUUUGGGCCACAUUCCGAAGUCAGUUUCUCAAGUCUAGCGAUGGCAUCUUGAAGGGUGAAGAGGAUGAUAUACGGCGGCUGCCGCUACAAUUGAUCGAGUGUAUCGAGGAGACAAAAGGCAGAUUUACGAAGGGAACGGACUUCUGGUAA